AUGACUUCGACUACUCUCAUGACAUUCUUAUUAACGACGAACCCAGAGAUCCGAUCGGUGAAGCUAUUUGGAUCAUGGGAUAAUUUUUCCAAGGCAUACCCGAUGGAGCGAGACAGGCGCACGGGACCUGGCCAAUGGCGUGGCUGUCACACCUUCACAGACAUCGUUAGCGAAGGAUCGACCAGCGACAGAACCAAAUGGCGCACAGGAGGUCUCAAGAUGGGAGCAACGUAUUGGUACUAUUACUUGUUGGAUAAUGACAGGGAGUAUUGCAACCAAGUGGAACCUGUGACGACAAAAUGUCCGUUCUUGCCUGGACAGCCGGUGAACAUUCUCAACGUGCCCAUCAUUCUCCCCGAUAGUGGUUAUGGACGCCCGAGCAAUAAACACUCGGAAAAAUUCAACUACCGGACCAUGAAUCCGGAAGACAAAUUUGUGAACCCCCGCAAACCCCCUCAGCCCGCCGUGGCACGACUGCAGACGUCCCUGCCUCAACCCCGGCAGGUGGACGGGAGCUGUCUCAGGGCAUCUCCCAAUGUGCACUAUCGCAGCUCUUCACAACCCGGUAGUGCCACACGAAGACACCAUCAUGCCAAGGACGCUCGCUCAGUCUCACCCCCACGAGACCGCCUUCUUGCCAUUGGAUGCCAGGGAGCCAAUCUGUCCAAAAGUGUUGAAGUUUUAUCGCGCUUCGACUCCGCGGACAGAGUGUGUCCGUCCUGGCAGAACACUCAUACCAAGAAGGGGGUGAUUACACCACCGGCUUUUGAGUCGAACCAGCCGGAGAUUGCACCUUCCAUCCAGGCGCGUCGUGCAAUGAAGCUGAACGGGACGAGUGCAGCCCAAUCUUUCAAUGGCCUCACAGUUGAAACGCGACUCGGAUGUAAUCGCUCGAGGGAUGUCGCUGUAGGACCCCGUGAUGAGCCAAGCGGUGAGACUAGAGGCUCACUGGAUCCUGUGACCAUGGCGAGCUCCAGUGGCGCGACAACUCCUCGGGGAAACAGCGCGCAAGAGAAAAGAUUGCCCUCGCUCCCUAACACCCCAUCCUCGGUGAUGGACGAGGCGGUGCAAGCCAUGGAUGAAACGGACAGAGAAAUGAGCUCUCAAGUGCUGCGCAGCCACUUCUCGAGCUUGACCACUGUCGCCGAUGAAGCAGUCUACUCCCAGUUGAUUCAGGAGCAAAGUCGGUUCUCUGAGUGGAGCACCGAUACCGACACCGAGCCUGAAUUUGAGGACUCGGCAGAGCUUGGGGAUCCCAUCCCUCUCCUGAAUCUGGAGAGGACCGCUUCCAUAGCCACAGAUGAAUGGCACACCCCCGACCUCAGCGACAUGGGUGAUGCCUCAACAAACACUGACCCGAACACCCCACAUCUCAUGGCCACUACUGACCCAUCUUCACCCAACUCUGCAUCCAUGGAGUCCGUACCCUGGAAGCUCGAAACACUCGAACUCUCGCUGCCCCGACUCACCCUCUCUCUUUCUUCGCCAGGCUUUGCCACCGGCCUCGGGAUCGACCAACCACUCGACCAGGUCGAAAGCAAUCCGAAGCGCCACGCCGCUCUCUUUGAUGCCCUCGAAUCCAUAGAAUCCCUCUCCCACUCUCACAGCCCGGUCAACUCCCCGAUCUUUCUCUCUGACCCGCGCUACGGAGCCUCCGUUGACCGAACCCACUCGGAUUCUGAGGGUGUUUAUCAGCCCCUUCUCUCGCCAGCGAGUGAGGCGUCUGUGCAUGGGAACAGCACGAUGCAAGAGAUUAUGGAUGAAUUGAGUUAUUUGAAGAAUAUGAUUCAGGCAGAAAUGGAUGGUGAGCCGUUUUAA